UCUUCCAAAAAAAAAAAAGAAGAAAACUCAGGUCUGGUCUGUAGACGCUGCUUAUCGGAAUGUACCGCGAGAGCGCCGUGGUCUGUGAAAUCGAAGUUACUGUAAGCGUCGGUGUCAUCUUCUCUGAUGGAUUCUGAUUCUCUCUUGACUUGUAACCAUUCAAUCUGAAGACAAACAUAAAAGACAAUCUAGAAAAAUCGGAAAGUUUUGAUUCUCCAGAGCCGGUAAAGCAAGUAAUCACAAGGCUUGCUUGAGCUGGUUAUGGACUAGUUUGCUGGAAGGCAGCAGCUAGCUUUAUGCAUAGGAGCAAGAUCGAGAAGAGAAAGCAAUAACUUGAUGGUGAUAGAUCGAUUGUCUGAAGUCAGUACAGCUUCAACAAAACUAAAGUUGGAUAAAGCAACGGAAGGCUAACAAGGGCAGUAGCUCCAGAUUACACGAAAGAAGAUGGCUGAGGAGAAAAAUCUGGUUGAAAUCUUGGAGGAGAAUAAGCAGGUUGACAUUGCUAAAUACAUAAACUAUGUGAGUGCCCCACAAGCUGGUGCUAUCGCAACAUUUUCAGGCACUACAAGAGACACUUUUGAAGGCAAAACAGUCCUCGAACUAAGAUAUGAAGCAUAUGUACCAAUGGCAACUCGAUGCAUCAAAUCUAUCUGUUCAGCAGCUCGAUUGUCUUGGAAACUCCAUUCAAUCGCAGUGGCACACCGCCUAGGUCCAGUUCCAGUAGGAGAAACUAGUGUUUUCAUUGCAGUAUCCUCAGUUCAUCGUGCAGAUGCCCUCGAUGCUUGUAAAUUUCUGAUUGACGAAUUGAAGGCUUCCGUUCCAAUAUGGAAGAAGGAGGUAUAUGCUAACGGAGAAGUUUGGAAGGAGAAUUCAGAGUUUAUGGAGAGGAGAUUGGAGCUUGCGAAGACUGAUGGAGGCUGCUCAGGAAGGAAAAUUAUGACCGAGGGGCAUAGUAGAAAAGGAUGUUGUGGAGAAAAGGUUAGAGUGGACAAUGGAAAUGCGGUGGAUAAGAGUACCAGAGAUGGAGCAACUAAAGAAAUAGCAGAGAGGGAAGGAUCAAUUUGAUGCAUCCUGGACUCAUGCAAAAACCCUUCAUCUUACCAUGGAUGUUGUUGAUUUGGAUGAAGGCAUAAGUGCUGAGUAAGAGAGUCUUUAAACCGGGCAUAUUUCAAUACCAAAGAAUAUUUCUGUAAUUUUGACGUUUAUGUAUUAUUUAGGUUUAUUGUUGAUAAAA